CCUUCCGGUCGUCGAAAAAGAGGAAGUUUGAAACGGUUGGGUUUUAGUUUAGUUUAGUUUUUACUGGAUUGUCGUUGCACCCCGUACAACGAAAUGAAAUGCCAUCUUCGGCGGACGUUACGACUGUGAAAAUAAAACCCAAACACGCCUCCUUCCAACCUUCUAUACCCUGCAUUGAAAACCCCUGACGUUGCAUUCAUUAAUUGCAAAUUAAGAUGUGCCGUUUCUCGGCGGGGCUGAGCGCGUGGCCUCUAAGGUCUCUGGAGGCAGUGAGGCAGCCUUUCCCUUCGCCCUAGAAAACAGAUGUUGCAACUCCUGGAUCUGAGCGACGUUGUCCCCUCGGUUGCUUCCAGUUUGAUCUCCUUCCGUGCUGAGCCAGUCAUUUCUCCGGGAACCAUAAAGGCAGUGGGAUCCGUUAAGAGGAAAGUGGCCGAUGACGCAUCUCCAGCCUCCGGCGCCAUGCCCGACGUCCUCUUCCCAAGCGAGAGUAAGCGGCUUUGCCUUGAUGACGUCACGCUUUCCAUGGGUCCUGGGACCAAUUCUGUUUCGUGCCCCGAUAUGCAAAGUUCUCCCUUUUCCACCAAUCACGGGACUUCCUCCAUGCCCGGACAUGGGAUGCUCCUUGAAAAUAACCACUUGAAUGGGAGCAGGAUUGGAUCUCCAUUUUCCGUCCCACCGAACACGGACGUUGGACAGAAAGGGCCCCUCGGGGGCCAUUACGGCGAAAAAGGGAGCAACAUUCACGCGGUGGACCAGGAACUUCAAGAUUUGUUGGAAGAGUUGACCAAGAUGCCGGACCCUUCUCCCAACGAAUUGGACCUUGAGAAGAUCUUAGGGAGCAAACCUGACGAGCCCAUGGGGAACCUGGCCCACCCACCCACCGCCAUGAACAGCUCUUCCAAAUCUUCUCCGCAGGGCACCCCCUUGGACAACCACCUGCCCAACAAAGAUUUUUCUCCUGGAUGCAACCCAAGUGGUGAGUCCCCGCAGAUGACGCCUUCUUCUGGAGCCAGCUACUCGGUUCCGUCUCAGAACAAGGCUGUCGCUUCGCCCAUUUCUUCAACCGCGCCCAACAAGGGCCAAAGCCAGGCCAUCCAUAUGCCCGGGACAAAUUGGCACGCCCAACAGUUGAAGCACUUAGCCAGCAAGCAAACCCCAACUUCCAAACCGCCAAACUGGCCCACCAUCUCAUCUCAAGGCCUUUCCCCUCCUUACCGCCAAGGCUCUUCUCCCCACCACCAGCCCUUCAGUCCUCAAAACGUCAUGAUCUCCAGCAUGGCUCCCAACGGCCUUCCAGGAAGCAACAUUCAGAGCCCACAAAACCCCCUGCUCUCCAGCAUCACGUCCAACAGUAACCCGCCCGGAGGUCUGUCUCCACCUUUUGGGCCAGAGAAGCUCUCCAGUCCGGUCCUCAAUCAGCAAUCCUUCAGCCCGCCCAACUCCAUCAUGCCCAACAUUUCAGCCAACAGCAUUAAAAGUUCUCCCAAUGCUGGACCUUCGCCGUACAGGCCGGAAAAGCUUUCUAGCCCGGCUUUGCACCAACAACCUUUCAGCCCUCAAAGCACCUUGAUCGCCAACCCAACGCCGACCAGCAACCCGACCAACAUGCCAAGUUCCCUCUACAAACCCAUGUCGUCCAUCCAGUCCAAGAACAUGAACGUCAUCAUGACGCAGUCUUCCAACAGUAUCCAACCGGGGUUGGGGAGCGAAGGUCCUGUUGCCCAAGACCAGUUCUCUUUCAGCAAUACCAAGCCCCUUUCCCAUUUCAGUUCAGAGACCGCCCCUGCCCAGAAGAUGUCGCCGAUGGCUUCCACCACGGGGCAGCAGUCACUCAUGCACUACCUUCAGCAACAAGCUGCAACCUCGCCGCAAACCCAACAGGUUAACAACAACCAGUUCCUGCAGCAGCAGCUCCGCCAGUUGAUGCAGCCAUCUCGGAUCCAACAGCGGCACGUCCAGCCAUCCCCGUUGUCAUCCCAGGUGCGGCAGGGCUCUGGUUACACCCUCGAUAAUAAAGCAAAGGAUCUCUGGAGGCGAAUUCACUCCUGGAAUCUUGCUGGCAAGCAAAGGAUUUGA